GAUGUAGUAAAUAAGAUAUAAUAUAAAUAAAUUUAUAUAUAUUUGGUGAUAUUAAUAGCAUCGUCACCAUCAAAAUCUGAGAGAUUACUCAUUGUUUUUGUCAACCCUGAGACAAAACCCACCGCCAUAACUACCAGACUACCAAAAACCAAACCAAACCUACUCAACUUCCAAAGAAACAAAAGAAAAAAAACACCAUGGAAGAAAAAGAGAAGAAAAAGAAUAAGAAGAACAGCAGUAGUAAUAAGAAGCAAAAACACCAACACCCAAAUGAUCAAAAUACAACAAAAUAUAGCUCAGAUUUCUCUUUCAAACCCUGCUCCGACGUAAAGGGUGUCCGAUUCGGUGGCCAGUUCAUCGUUAAGUCUUUCACAAUCCGCCGAGCCAGACCACUUGAGCUUCUCCAGCUUCUUUCUUUCCCUCCAAACAGUACUAAUAUUAAUAAGAGUAGUAAUAAGGUUCCUUUUCCUUCGACGGUGGGGUUUUUACCGACAAAUUUCACGAUCUUAGCCCAUCACGCUUGGCACACCCUGACUUUGGGCCUGGGCACCAAGAAAUCGAAGGUUCUGCUCUUCGUUUUCGAGUCUGAGACGAUGAAGGCGAGCGUGGACCGACUGUGGCCAACAGAGAUACCCCUGGGGGAAGUUAACAAGAGAUUGAUUAGGGGAUUGAGCGGAAGCGAGAUGGCCCGGUUCAAGUUCAGGAAAGGUUGUAUUACUUUUUAUGUUUACGCCGUUCGUAGAGCCGGUUGCCUGGGCUUCACUUGCGCCGAUGACCUCCGUACCAUCUUACAAUCUGUUGUUGCUUUGAAAGAUUUCUUGGAUCAUACGGCUAUGCUUGCUUUGCCUAAUCAGAGAAGUAUUAGCUAUGCUACUCCUCCUCCCCCGGUCGCCAUGGCUCAUUAACUAAGCCACUUUUCUUUUCAUUUUUAUUUGUUUAAUCUUUCUCUUCUUUAAUAUUAUUAUUAUUAUUAUUAUUGUCGUCAUAGGGGGAAUAUUAUUGGUUUAUUUGUUGGAGACGAUCUUGUUGUUUUGAUAUUUUAACGCAAAAUCGGUAAUUUUAGUACUAAUAAAAAAGAAAAACUUGGGACUUUGUAUAUGUAAUUUUAGAGUGAAAUUCAAGGUCUCCUCUCAUCUAUUCGUAUCUAUUUGUAUAUUUGUUUGUUUCAUAUGGAUAUAUACAUACAAGUUCGGUUAAUGCUUCUA